GGUUUGAAAGAAAAAGAAAUAAUAGAGUCGGUGGAGAUGGUUUUUAAAGACACAAUGAUACCGUCGUGGAAGGAGCAGUUGACGGUGAGGGCGUUCGUGGUGAGUUUGGGAUUGGGUGUCAUGUUUAGUUUCAUAGUGAUGAAGCUCACUCUGACUACGGGUAUCAUCCCAUCCAUGAAUGUGGCUGCGGGUUUGUUGGGGUUUUUCUUUGUCAAGACUUGGACCAAGGCGUUGGAGCAGGGCGGGUGGUUAAAGCACCCGUUUACUAGACAAGAGAACACUGUCAUUCAAACGUGUGUCGUUGCUACCUCAGGGAUCGCGUUUAGCGGAGGUUUUGGGAGUUACCUAUUUGGAAUGAGCGAUGUGAUUGCAGAACAAUCAUCAGAUGCAGACUGGCCAAACAGAAGUAUGAACACCAAGAACCCGAGCUUGAGCUGGAUGAUCGGCUUUCUCUUCAUUGUUAGCUUCAUAGGCCUUUGCUCUGUUGUUCCUCUUCGAAAGAUCAUGAUCAUUGACUUCAAGCUCAUAUACCCGAGUGGAACUGCAACUGCCCAUCUCAUUAACAGCUUCCAUACCCCUUCCGGUGCCAAACUUGCCAAGAAACAAGUGAGUGCAUUAGGGAAGUUCUUCUCCUUCAGCUUCUUAUGGAGUUUCUUUCAAUGGUUCUUUGCUUCUGAUGCUGACGAAUGUGGCUUCGCCCAAUUCCCCACUUUUGGCUUAAAAGCUUACAAUAACUCGUUUUUCUUCGAUUUCUCAACAAUGUACGUUGGGGUAGGGAUGAUAUGUCCAUACCUUAUAAAUGUAUCCUUACUUCUUGGCGCAAUCCUUUCAUGGGGUAUAAUGUGGCCUCAGAUCGAAAAGAAAAAAGGCAUUUGGUACGACGCUGAUCUCAAACCCACCAGCUUCCAUGGCCUCCAAGGUUACAAGGUUUUCACUGCCAUAGCCCUGAUCCUGGGAGAUGGACUAUACAACUUCGUAAAAGUACUUGGAACCACUGUUAUUGGGUUGUAUGCAGCAGAUGGUUCGACCCCAGAUAGUGGAAUGGCUACAUCUUUCGAUGACCAGCGUAGAAUGCAGUUAUUUAUGAAGGAUCAGAUCCCUACAUGGUUAGCUGUUGGAGGGUACCUGGCUAUAGCUGCAGUUGCCUCGACUACCCUGCCACAAAUAUUCAAGCCACUCGAAUGGUACUAUGUGCUUGUGAUUUACGCAUUUGCUCCUGCGUUAGCGUUUUGUAAUGCUUAUGGGUGCGGGCUUACUGACUGGUCGUUGGCGUCAACUUACGGAAAGUUGGCUAUCUUUGUUAUUGGGGCGUGGGCUGGUAAGUCACAUGGGGGUGUCAUGGCUGGGCUGGCAGCUUGUGGGGUGAUGAUGAACAUAGUCGCGACUGCUUCAGACCUGAUGCAGGAUUUUAAGACCGGUUACAUGACCCUGGCCUCACCCCGUGCCAUGUUCGUGAGCCAAGUGAUUGGGACUGCAAUGGGGUGCGUGAUUGCACCCUGUGUGUUUUGGAUCUUUUAUAGUGCAUUUCCGGAUCUCGGUAAAGUAGGGUCCCAGUAUCCAGCACCAUUCGCUCUGGUGUAUAGAAAUCUUGCUAUUUUGGGAGUGGAAGGGUUCGGGUCACUUCCAAAGCAUUGUUUAUCAAUGUGCUACGGGUUUUUUGCAGCUGCAAUUCUUAUAAAUGUGGCCCGGGACACUGCACCCAAGAAAUACUCCAGGUUUAUUCCAAUUCCAAUGGCGAUUGCAAUUCCAUUCUACAUUGGUUCGUCAUUCGCCAUUGAUAUGUGUGUUGGGAGUUUGAUUCUUUUCAUCUGGGAAAAGAGGAACAAAGAAGAAGCCAAGGCUUUUGGACCAGCCGUGGCUUCUGGUUUGAUUUGUGGUGAGGGGAUAUGGUCUGUUCCCAAGGCCAUACUAGCUUUGUUCCAGGUGACACCCCCGAUUUGCAUGAGAUUUUUCUCGUGGCGUGUAAAUGAAAAGGUUGAUAACUUUGUGGCAACGCUAAGUCGUUAGUUUUUACAUGUUUUUGUUUUCGCUACUAGUGCUGAUAAGUACGGUUUUG